AUGGGAAAUGCUUUAACCAGUCUGGGGUUUAAUCAACCCUUCUUCUUCACUUUAAUUGGGUAAGUGUAAAUUGAAGUAAAAUAAUAUUGGUUUAGGUGACUUUAUUGUGUUUAGUGAUUAGUGGGACAAAUUAAGGCAUAAACUGAUAAAAAGUUAAGGUUUCUUUUCAAUAAGUAACCAAAAAAAUAUGUUAUAGCAGAAAUAUUUUGAAGUGUUUAAUUUCAGAAUUAUGUUACUACUAAUUGGCACAGUAGCAUUAGUAAGUGAUCCACAAGAAGAAGAAAUGGAACUGCCAAGCCGUUUUGACCAAGCUUACGUAAGUUAUAAUAAAUUCCGAUAAAAAUUAAGUAUACUGUUAUACGUUACAUGCUUAUAAAGUGAAUCGACUUAAGUUUAUAGCAAUGAACCGGUAGUCUUAUAUUCUAGAUGAACAUAUCACUAGGAAAUCCUCGCCAGAGUAGGAAAAAGCCUACAAUAAAGAUGUACUGA